AGCGUAAUCGUCUACGCUCUUUGAAUAAAUUUGUAGAAUCUACAUUGUGGUUCUUACGUUUCGACGGGAAGGAUUGCACGGUGAAAAUUUGUCUGGUUACUCAUUUAUCUCUUUGAAUUCGAAUCGGCGAUAUCUCGCUGAUCGAAAUAGCUCGAUGGCGUUCCCCAAUCGAAUAGAGCGUCUCUCUUUGGUGUGUUUGCUGUGCAUCUUAUGUCCGGCGACCUUCGCGCAGCCAGAAGUACAGAUUGCUCAAGGAUCCCUACAGGGUUUAACAUGGACGAGUUUCCGAGGUCGGAACAUAUCGGCUUUCAUAGGGAUUCCUUACGCCAAACCACCGAUUGGUAAUCUGAGAUUCGCGAGUCCUGUGGCGGCAGAUGCCUGGAACGGGACCUUCAACGCAACCGUGCCAGGAUCUGUAUGCGUUUCGCUCAGGAGAGGUGUGGCUAUCGGGGUCGAAGACUGCUUGAACCUGAACGUUUUCACACCGCAGUUGCCCGAAGACGGCACCUCGCCAUCGUUGCCGGUAAUGGUCUGGGUUCACGGGGGCGGUUUCGUGGAGGGUAAUAGUUUACCCCGACAUUACGGACCUCGGUAUCUACUCGAUGAAGAUAUCGUUCUGGUGACCUUCAAUUAUCGGCUGGGCCCUAUAGGAUUUUUAAGCGCCGGAGACGAGGUGCUUCCCGGGAAUUGGGGCAUGAAGGAUCAAGUCCUCGCCUUGAAAUGGGUCCAGGAGAACAUAGCAAAGUUUGGCGGGAAUCCCGAGCGUGUUACAAUUUUUGGACAGAGCGCUGGCAGCGCUGCGGUCCAACUUUUGGCGCUGUCCGAGUCUACGAAAGGAUUGUUCCACCAAUACAUAUCGCAAAGUGGAGGGGCCGACAGUUACUGGUCGUAUCGACCCAAAGAAUCCUAUGCGAAGUAUGCUCUAGCACUUGGAGAGUAUUUCAAUUGUCCCACAAACGCAACGAUCUACAUGCUCGAAUGUUUGAGAGAGCUCGAUGCCGGUGACAUCGUCGAAGCGAAGCUGAAUUUGUCCGAAUGGUACUAUAGCUUUUCGGUGGCAUGGGGUCCAACCGAUGAGGUCGAUAUCGAAGGGGCUUUUCUCACCGAUAGACCGAAGAAUCUCCUUGCCGCUGGAAAAGUACGCGACGUACCAUCGAUAACCGGAGUUGUUCGCAACGAGUGCGAUAUCUGGUUCACCUACAUGUUACCGGAUUCCAAAGAGUUCGAAGUAUAUUUGAGCGAAUUUGACGAACAGCUCCCCGUUUUGCUUCAAUGUAAGGAGCUCGAGGACGACGUGCCAUCGUUUAUUGCCAAGCUGAAAGAGUUUUAUUUCAACAACGAUUUAACUGGCGACAGAAGUGAGAUAUGGAUCAAAAACGCGCAGCUCGUCACCGAUUCGUUUUUCUUCAACCCCGUGUACAGCGCUCUGAAAUACCAGCUCGCCUCGGCUUCAGCUCCCGUCUAUUUCUAUUCUUUCGAAUAUCGAGGUACUGACAGCGAACUUAAGGGCACGAACAUCCCUACCGAAUCCACCGCGAUAGUCCAUUCGGAUGAUCUUCGUUACCUCUUUCCGCUGGGCCGACCAGUGGAAUCGGAGAGUCAAUGGUCUGACAGUGAUUUUAUUAUGAUCGACACGAUGGUGCAGUUGUGGACAUCUUUCGCGAUCAAUGGAACACCCAGAGCUAGGACGAGCGACUUAAUUUGGACGCCGUAUUCGUCGGAUGACAACUAUCUCCGAAUAGGAAACAGUUUCAACGAGUCGUUGAAGAUGGUAUCCGUAUUCCGUGACAAACGGAUGAAACUUUGGGCAGAGUUACAGGGCGAAUCGAACUCGGAAUCAUUGGACAAAACGAUGACCAAAUGCGAGAAUAAAGGAAUAGUGACACUUGAUAAAGUUCAGUGGUGGUCGAAUCGAGCCUCCAGAAAUCCCGUUACCAGACGAUCAAAUAAUCGAACAAAAGCUUUCACCCGACGAAGUAAGAUGACAAUUCCCGUAUGAUUUUUAGUAAAUCACUUUUGGUUUAGGAAAUUCGUGGUUCUGUAACUAUUGAGGAUUUGGAAAUAAAUCAACAGUGAAAUAUGA